AUGGCAGACAUGGAAUGCCAGGCAAAGCAUGCGUCGGGAAGGCAUAUCGCUGCAGGAAUCGCACCAGACAUACCUCUGCAAGCCCUUCUUACCGCUAGCUCGGCAUCGCUUAUCUCUGUCGCGGUGCUCGUGCUGUGCGCGUUUCGACCCGUCGACUCACAGGCCUCUAACGACCGCGUGUCUCUGGCGCUGCUGGGGAGCAGUCUGGACCCCAGCAGUGUGCUCGUGUGGUCGUCGCCGCUGCUGUGCUCUGGGUGGACCAACUUCACAUGUAAAGACAACACCACCAUCACAGCAAUCAAUCUGGUGAAGAUGCCACUCUCUGGCUCCCUGCCUCCCGACAUCUCCAGAUUUAAAAGCCUUGAAUUCCUGGUGGUUCGAAGUUCCAACAUCUCAGGCCCGUUGCCUGAUGCAAUCACUACUCUGAGAAACCUCAAGUACCUAGAUUUGAGCUACAAUCAAAUAUGGCCGCCUGUGCCAGCAGCCCUCUUCUCAAUGCCAGACCUGAAGGGCAUGCUUCUGGGCAACAACUGGCUGACCAACCAGCUGGUGCCCAAUCUGGCCAAGGCGCCCGCGUCUCUGAACAUGGUGUCGCUGCGCACCGUGAAUGCCACUGUGGACAACAGCUCGCAAGCCGGCAAGGCUACUCUUGACCUGUACGGCAACCCACAGAUCUGUGACGUUGCCAGGGGCAGCCCACUCAACCUGUCAUCCACCAGCGGGCAGUUCAACGACUCGUGCAAGUGGACCCACACGCCCUUCUGCCUCAACCAGCGCUGCCUCCCCACACAGUACAUCGACCGCCCCACCUUCCUCAACGCGUACCCCCCCUCCAACUGCAUCUACGGGCAGGGCCCCAUUACUGCCCCGCUCUUCCCCCCCGCCUCCUCCUCUGCCACUGCCCAGGCGGAGUCUGUGUCCGCCUCUGCACUCCCUCCUGGGUCCGCUGGCCCCCCUACUGGGGCGCCGGGGCCGGAUGCCCCUGGUGGUGAUCCUGCUGGUGCCGGUGCUGCUGGCGGCCGUGGUGGUGGUGGUGGUGGUGGUGGUGGUGGUGGUGGGUCAGCAGCGGCGGCUGCGGGUGAUGUAGCGGUGCCGACGGGGCCGGGGGCGUGUGUGUGUGUGGGCAGCGAUCAGUUCUACGAGUUUGACCUGCUCUGCGCCAACAGCAAAAUCCAGGCGUGGAGCGACGAGUACUCGCAGCUUGUUUCUGAGAAGGUGUCUCAAGGCUUUGGCAUGAAGCUGAAGAGGUGCAUUUCCCCGGAGCAGGUGUGGGUGUGGCACGCCUAUGUGAGCGACUGGCGUCUGGACAGCAGCGGCACACCACUGUUUGACAUGCGGCUGUAUGUGGUGCUGUUCGGCAACUUCACAAGCGACGAAGAGGUGCUGGUGCAGUCAGUGAUCGUGCAGAAUCCAGACCUUCUGAAAGACUCCAGAUUUGGAAUGCUUAGGCGGCUGGAGCACGAAAAAGAAGUGCCGCCCCCAGCCCCCCUGCCACCCUUUCCGGACAGGAACAACACCGCCCCACCAGCAGUGCCUCCCGCAGACGAGCCCUCCUCCUCGUCCUACACCACAGUCAUCAUUGCCGUGGUCGUCGUGGUGCUCGCCGUGCUGUUUGGCGUCGGUGUUGCCUAUUUCUACUUCUUCGUCCGCAACCGCCACUCCAAGCUGUCCUCUAUAUCCGGCUCAGGUUUCCUGGGAAACCAGGCACUCUCCUCGUCGUUUGGCUGGGCCCUGCAGCAGCGCUUCGUGCAGGUCUACUCGCUCAAGGAGGUGGCAGCAGCGACCAACAACUGGGACGAGGAGCGGGUGCUGGGGCAAGGCGGGUAUGGGCGGGUGUACCUGGGGGAGGGCCCUCACGGCGUGCAGUGGGCGGUUAAAAGGCUCGAGGCGAGAUCUACCGCCAAGGGGCUUCAGGACUUCCGGAAUGAGGUGGAGCUGAUCUCGCAGACCAACCACCGCAACCUGGUGAAGUUGCUGGGCUUCUGUGACGACCAGGGCGAGCAGAUCCUCGUGUACGAGUUUGUGCCGAAUGGGAACCUGCGGCAGCACCUACGCCCCUCCAAAGCUGCCUUGGAGCACCCCGACGCGCACAAGCUAGGACUCACCUUCCUGCAGCGGGUGGACGUGGCGGUGGGGGCAGCAGAGGGGCUGCGCUACCUGCACAACUUCACCACGCCCUCUGUGGUGCACCGCGACGUGAAGAGCGAAAACAUCCUGCUCGACGAGAACAUGCAGCCCAAGGUGGCGGAUUUCGGUUUCUUCAAGAACAUGGUGGACGGGGCAAGUGGCGGCAAGGGGGCAUCGGAGGCGGUGAGCACGCGAGUGCUGGGCACGCCGGGCUAUGUGGACCCCGAAUACUACUACACGUGCAAGGUCACCACCAAAUGCGACGUGUACAGCUUCGGCGUGGUGUUGUGGGAGCUGAUCACGGGUAAAUCGCCCAUUCUAGAGGUGGAGGACCCCGAGUCAGGCCCAGGGGAUGGGCCCUGCUUCAUGCAGCUGCCGAUUUGGGCGAUCAUGUACCUGAAGAAGGGCAAUCUAGAAGAAAUUGUGGACCCCGCAUUCAAGGGAGACUACGACAAGGAGGCCAUUAAAGCCAUGGCGGAGAUAGCCGACAAGUGGACUAGAGACAAGGCACGCCACCCUUACAUCCCUUCCCUUUCCCCCUCCUGCUUUCCCCUUCUCCCUUCCCUGCUCCCUCUCCCUGUCCCUUGCCCCCCCACCCUUCCCCCUGUCCCCCCACCUCCCCUUCCUCCCCUCCCCAGGCAAUCAUCCAUGGCAGAGAUAGCUGAUAAGUGCACUAGAGACAAGGCUCGCCACCGGCCCGAGAUGACCGACGCGCUGACGUGGCUAGUGGAGAUCCAACGGCGCCUCAAGCGCGAGAGCGACCCCAGCUAUGUAUCUGAGCCGUCCACUCCCGUGGCGGGGAGCGGUGGUGAGGGGCGGGAUGCGGUGCUGGAGCUGGUUGGAGUCGGGGGGGUUGACUCGCUAGCACUGCAUUCAACGACGCACCAGCCGCCCAUCUCCACCAACUUCGCGGGGCGGUGA